UCAACUUUUACUAAAGAUAUAUAUAAAAUUACAGAAGUUAUAUCAAUUAUUCAUUUCAUAACUUAAAGAAAAAAUUAUAUAUAUAUUAAAUUAAAAUUAUUUCUUAAUAAUAUUGUCUGGAAGAUAAUACAUAUUCUAGUAUGUAUUCCUUACUUAAUAAAACAGAAAAUGCUCACGAAGAUAGUAUUUGGACCUGUGCUUGGGGCUGUUUGAAGAAGAAAAAGGAAUCACAGCCGGAUAAUGAAGAUUCACGUGAAUCAAUACAAUUUAAUGAAGAUGAAACAGUGGAAUAUUUAGUCACUGGCUCAGUUGACGAUACUGUUAAAGUUUGGGAACAAAAAGAUAAAAGUUUACAAUUAAAACAUAAAUUAACUGGUCACUCACUUGGUGUGGUAUCUGUUGCUGUAAGUUCAGAUGGUUCAAAAUGUGCAUCUAGUUCCUUAGAUUCUAGCUUAAAAUUAUGGGAUUUGGAAACAGGAAAUAAGAUAUCAAGUAUCGAAGUAGGUCCUGUAGAUAUUUGGACAGUAGUAUUUUCCCCAGAUGAUAAAUUCAUUGUAUCUGGUAGUCAUUCAGGGAAAAUACAUUUAUAUGGAACAGAAAGUGGUAAACAGGAACAAACUUUAGAUACCAGAGGUGGCAAAUUUACAUUGAGUGUUGCCUAUAGUCCUGAUGGUAAAUAUAUUGCUAGUGGAGCAAUAGAUGGAAUUAUAAAUAUUUUUGAUGUUACAUAUGGAAAAGUAUUGCGUACAUUGGAAGGACAUGCAAUGCCUAUUAGAUCUCUUUGUUUCUCACCAGAUUCUCAAUUACUUCUUACUGCAUCAGAUGAUGGACAUAUGAAAUUGUAUGAUGUGAAAGAUGCUAAUUUAGCAGGAACUAUGUCAGGUCAUGCUUCAUGGGUACUUGGUGUUGCUUUUGCUCCAAAUGGUCAACAAUUUGCAUCUAGUAGUUCAGAUCAUACAGUUAAAGUGUGGGAACUAGCCCAAAGACAAUGUUUACAUACAUUUAAUGAACAUAAUGAUCAGGUAUGGGCUGUAAAAUACAAUCCACAAAGAAAUAACAUAAUUGCAUCAGUAUCUGAGGAUAAAUCUAUUAAUCUUUAUGAAUGUCCAUUAUAUGAUAAAUAAAUUUUUCUUAAAUAA